AUGCGCCCGGGAUACACCCUGGCCUCGGUGCAUGCGUACUCUAUACUUUUCUGUUCGCUGACAUAUUGCACUGAUGUAUUGAUUGAAGAUGGCACUGGAUGGAAUGGUGACUUAGUCGAUAGUCGGGGAUUGUCAUCGUGGCAAUUGUGGAAGGUUGCGGGCAGGGCGGGUGCGGCAGAGGGCGCGCGAUGGCCGGGUGCGCGCGCACCCGGUGGCGGCGCUGGCGUCGUGACGCAGUGUGACGUCAGCGAAGUGUCGGCUCGCUGCGCGCCGGCCCCACCGUCAGUCGCCGCCCGAAGCAGGCCGCCGAACGUCGCGCCCUACGCGCCCCCGCCGCCCGUGCACUCAUACCGGGCUCCAGUUCCGCACCAUGACGACAUAGCCCCCAGUGCCGUGCGACGAGGCGAACGUGAAAGCGCACACCUUUUGAGUUUUUCCGUUGGAACGAGGAAGCGG